GAAUGAAAUUAUAAACGUCAAUUUAAAAACGUGAAAAACAUUUUUGCGUGGUAAUUGGAAACAUGUUUGCCGGCUAAUAAAAACUGUGUAAAACUACUUAUUAUUUCGUUUUUAUAUUUGUAAAAUACAUAAAAAUGGAUGACCAAGCGUGUCCGCGUUGUAAAACAACGAAAUAUCGCAAUCCCUCGCUUAAAUUGAUGGUAAAUGUGUGUGGUCAUGUGUUAUGUGAAAGUUGUGUAGAUUUAUUAUUCUUGAAAGGUUCCGGAACAUGUCCAGACUGUAACAUUCUCCUCAGAAGAGGCAAUUUCAGGGUCCAACUCUUCGAAGACCCCAUGGUUGAGAAAGAAGUUGAUAUUAGGAAGAGAGUUUUGCGGGAUUAUAAUAAAAAAGAAGAAGAUUUUGCAACACUCCGGGACUAUAAUGAUUAUUUAGAAGAAAUUGAGACUAUUGUGUACAACUUAACAAAUAAUAUAGAUGUUGUAGAGACUAACAAAAGGAUAGAACAGUAUAAAAAAGAAAACAAAGAGCUUAUUAUGAAGAAUAAGGCAAAAAUAGGUAGAGAAGCUGUACAAUUAGAAGAGGUAUUAGAGAAAGAGAAAGAAUUAGAGGAACUACGCAGGCAGGAGCUAUCACGGUUAGAACAAGAGGCCAAGAAACAAAAGAUACAGAAAGAAGCGCUCAUUGAUGAGCUGAUGUUUGCAGAUGGAGAUGCCAAAGACAUACUGAAUACGUUUGCGCAAAACAUGGCUAAUAAACAGGAGGAAUUGGCGUCUGCUGUUCCAUUGGUAACACAAUUCUCUUCUGGUGUGCAAUUUACCCGUGGGGCAAGUAACCAGCCAAUUCCCAUAAUAGAAGAAGGUCCAUUGUAUAAAUAUGAACCACUGGCUGUACCAGACCGUUGUGGUCCAGACGCUCCGUCCAUAGCCAAUAUAGUCAACUGUGGAUAUUUAAAACACGUUAGAGCGGAGAACGAGUGUGAGAAGGCGGGCGGCUACAGCGCCACGCUGCCGUGCCUGCGCGCGCUGCAGGACGCGCUCGCCGGACUCUACCACGCCAGCUGACCACCACCACCAGUGUCACCACCGCCACCACCACCAGCGUCACCACCGCCACCAUCACCACACAUCUCCAAAAUAUUUCUCUAUUACUUCCUUAACAAUUGCCAUAGACGUUUUUGUAUAAGACUUGGUAUACAAAAAUCAACAUAUUAGCAAAAUUUACUGUCAUGUUUGUUUUUUAGUUUUUGAGAUGUAAACCUACAUCAGCCCGCCUGCUGUUUGAUUCUUUUGAAUGGCAAUAAUUGAGUUAAUGUUAUCAUUGGGCAUAUCCAAAGACAAAUAACAAAGGCAUAAAAAUAACAAAUAUCCUUUGUUGUAUAAGUGUAACUUACAUUUGGCAUUUUUUUUUAAAUUUACAAUCAAAGUUAGUGGGAGAGCGUCGUGUUUGUUAUCUGCCAAUAAAAUAGGGUUCAAGUAUUACGUAACACAAUUUUUAAAGUAUUUUGACCCCCCAUGUAACGCGCCGUAACGUUUUCCUGCACGCCCCCGUCCCCUCCUCCAAAAGUUUUUAUUUAUUUAUUUAUUUGAACAGCCAACAAAACAUACACCUUACAUAGUUUGUUUUUUAACAAUUCCAUAAGUAAUUGCUGCAGUGCUGUUUUAAUUACAGGCUGUC